CUUUAUAAAUUGAUAUUUUACAUUUUCAUCAGAUUUGCGGCUAUAACUAUGAGAAUUGUGAAUUCUUUUAUAUAAAUUUCAAUUAUUUUAAUAUGGAUUUUCAAUGUUGUGAAAAAAAUAAGGUUUUUGAAACAAAAAAAAGUAUUUCGCGCAAGUAUUAUAAAUAUGUUAUUUUAAAAUAUCGAAUCCUGUAAAUCAAUAAUGUUAAUUGUGGGUUCAUUUUAUUUGUGGUAUUUACAACUGAAUAUGUAUUGAACCUUUUAUGUUAGAAUGGAGUUCUUUAUGUUUUCGAUACUGUCAUGAAUAACACGAAUAUUAGAACGAAGGAAAGUUGGUACAAAUGGCGGCGGACAGUAGUAGGGAGGAAGUUGGUAGUGUCAGACCGGCUGCGCAAGAGCAGCCCGCAAGACUGAUUUUCCAAUAAUGAACAGCCCGUGGUAACUGUCAGUUCGCUCGUGGUGCAUUCGUUGACUCUUGCUGCGCACAGUGUGUUCCGGCGUGUGUUAAAAUGUGCUGUACGAUUAAUUGAAUACUCUCCUGAACGCGGAUUACUCGAAGAACACCGGGAAUCCUGCUACAAGACAGGUGUGAGGGUUUAAUAAACACGCGAUGGAGAGAAGAAAGUGAUGCUGAAAAUCGAAACGGAAGCCUCCGUCUUUCGAAAUCGUGUUCACCAUCGGAGAUGGAGACUUUCCUCGGGGCACGUAUCAAUAUAGAAGGCGCUUAGAAUCUCUGGAUCUAAAGGGGAACAUCGAGCACGGGGUCCAAAAUGGGCAAGUGUUGCAGCAAACGGCAAGAGCCGCAACCCCUUGGUUACAAGAAAGCAGACACAGGACUAAGCUCAAAGCAUAGCAAUGGAGGUUCCUUGGACCGGUACACCGCUGACCCAAAUCAAAGGGGUGUGCAAGCAAGAGCGGAUAUUAUUCGACCGAGGCCAACACCUUGUAAGCUACAGAUUCCGCAUCAACCCCGUAAAACAAGCUCGCCUGUCGUUAAGCCUGCAUCGCAUUCACAGAGAUCGAACAAGAUCGUGGUAGCUCUCUACAAUUACACUGCCCGCGAGAGUACCGAUGUCAGUUUCGUGAAGGGCGAUCGAAUGGAAGUAUUGGACGACUCGGAGCCUGACUGGUGGAAAGUUUUACACUUGACGACUUUACAAGAGGGUCUUAUUCCUUGGAACUUUGUCGCCGUUGAACGUUCGGUGGAGAGCGAAGAUUGGUUCUUCGAAAACGUCUCGCGUAAAGAAGCGGGUAAGUUGCUCCUUGUGGACGAGAAUCCACGUGGAACGUUCCUGGUUAGACCCAGCGAGCAUAAUCCCAGAGGAUACAGUUUGUCCGUGAAGGACUGGGAGGAAGGCAGGGGUCAUCACGUAAAACACUAUAAAAUUAAACCGCUCGACAAUGGGGGCUUCUUUAUCGCCACCAACCAGACAUUCCCCACACUGCCGGCCCUUGUUAUGGCUUACAGCAAGAACGCGUUGGGUCUCUGUCACGUGUUAUCGAAGCCGUGUCCAAAACCACAGCCAGAUAUGUGGGAUCUCGGACCUGAAUUGCGUGACAAAUGGGAGAUCAACAGGAACGAGAUACAGUUGAUACGGAAAUUAGGUCACGGUAAUUUCGGCGAGGUGUAUUACGGGAAAUGGAGGAACAAGAUCGAGGUGGCUGUGAAGACGUUGCGACCCGGGACCAUGUCGACCGAAGCAUUCCUUCAAGAGGCUGCGAUAAUGAAACAGUUCCGGCAUAGACACCUGGUCGCGUUGUACGCGAUCUGCUCGAAAGAAGAACCGAUCUAUAUCGUCCAGGAGUACAUGUGUAACGGAAGUCUGUUGGAUUUCCUUAGAACAGGAGACGGAAAGUAUAUGCAGUUCGAGGACCUGAUCUACAUCGCGGCACAGGUCGCCUCUGGCAUGGAACACCUUGAGAGCAAACAGCUGAUACACAGAGAUCUGGCGGCGAGGAACGUGCUUAUCGGUGAAAAGAAUAAAGCGAAGAUAUGCGAUUUCGGCUUGGCGAGGGCGAUCGAGAACGACGAAUACUGUCCGAAACAGGGGAGUAGGUUCCCUGUUAGGUGGACGGCGCCAGAGGCAAUUGUCUAUGGGAGAUUCAGCAUCAAGAGCGAUGUUUGGUCUUAUGGUAUCUUGUUAAUGGAGCUCUUUACUUAUGGCCAAGUUCCUUAUCCUGGUAUGCAGAGUCGUGAAGUAAUCGAGCAGAUUAACAAAGGCUAUCGAAUGCCUAAGCCAUUGAAUCACCCGCUGCCGGACAGCAUUUAUCGAUUAAUGUUGCAAUGCUGGGAUGCUAGCCCCGAGAAGCGACCCACGUUCGAGUUCCUUAAUCACUAUUUCGAGUCAUUUAACGUCACUAGCGAAAUACCGUAUCUCGAACCGCCAACAGACUGAUACACAGCUCAUAUGCAGAGUCAGUACCUGGUACCGCAUGGUCAUUUUCACCCAGCGCACAUCAACUGUGCCAUGGAAUUUUAUGGUAUUUAUUGCUAGAUCUCUGGCGAACAUCUGGAGAAGCUGUUACCGUGUUCCCUUUUUUUUCUUGUUUUCUUUUUUCUUUCUUUGUUCACACGUCGCAGAAUUUCUGCGCGAAGAAACGUAUUCCAGAGAGAAAAGAAGGAGAAGAAAGAGAAAAUCAUACAUGAAGGAAACAAACGGAUAUUUUACAAAGAAACUAUGGUGGCGAGAAUUUUAUAAACGUUACCGAAUAUCUCAAAGCAAUCGUUGUUAAAUGCUGCCAAAAUUGAAGAAGUGUACUUUUUUCAUUUCUUUCAUUUUUCAUCGAACGUCAUCGAGUAAGCAUCUCAAGGACAAUGAUCUUGUGUGCCAUGGAACUUUAGAAAAAAAGAAAAAAAAAAAGAAACAAGUAUUGUAUUGUACUUUGAAAAGUAUUUACAAGACUUUGAAUCUUUGUGACCAAUCGUGAAUAACUGCCGAUUAAAAUAUCAAGUCAAACGUUAUGACUGAAGAUUUAAAAAAAAAGAAGAGUAUAGAAAUAUCUCUGCCCAACGUAUCCAGUAUCUAUUAUAGAAUUUAAACAGGAGAAUCGUUCAUCGUUCGAACUAUUUAAUAGGAAUUUUCACAAUUUGGAGAGUAUAUUAAAAAUAACUGACGAAGGUAUCGAUUAUCUAAGAAAAGUGUUUAGAAAAUAGGAACGGAACCAGUUGAAAGCUAAAAAAAUGUAGAGUUUUAAAUGGUAGACGAUGUAAUCGAUUAUAUUAGUCCGUCAACGUACAGAUUACAGUGCAGAAAGGGAAGCAUUCGCGCCGUACGUGUAAUUAGCGCGAUCACUUCUCGUUGAUCUCGAAACGAUCGUAACUGAUCUUUCCUAUGAUCCAAAUUCUUUUUUUCUUUUUUUUUUUAUACAACUCUUAAAAAUCUAGAUGCAUCGUUUAUGCGUCUAAUGAUCUUUUGAUAUGUAUUAGAACACGAUCACAUUCUACGACAAAAUAGGGGUAAACGAGAUUUCGUUUGAUUUCGAACGAUACGUCGAGUAGGACAAUAUUUUGUACAAGAGAUUAAUACGCUUUACACGUGAAAAAAGGAAGAAUACCUCUUGGGUAUAAUUUUUGUUCUAUGAACAGUGUAUUUUAACCCUUUCAACAGUCUACAAAAGGGUUCAAAAUCACGCCUUAAGUUUUUCUUUUCUAUACACGUCUUGUUAUUUUUUACUGUGAUCGCACUCUGUAAAGAAGGAAACAGAAAACUACCUGUUCGACGAUGCGUCGGUAAUAUAGUUACGUAAUUAAGCAAUCUCAUCGUUACGAUAAUCUUUUUCUUUUUUUAAUUUCACCGAAGUGAAAAAUAAUGAUUAAUAAGAGUUACUAGUAACGGCGAAUAAAACGUACGUUAUACGAUUGCAGGUCGCGAUAAAAAGCGACACGUCUGGCGGAUCUAUCGAGGAGAAAGGAAGUUAGAAAUAUUAAUUGAGAUAAAGAUUAAGUCAUCGAUGUUGCUCGUACAAAGUGUCUGAGAAAUUGUAAAUUUUCUACUAAACAUACAAAAACAAAAAAAACGACAGGUUAGGGUAGAUUUUAGGCAGUAGGCCGUGAGGGUAGGUAUUGUAAAGUGUCCUCGGGGUGUGAAACGACGAAACGCGAAUUUCUUUCCUUUUCGUAAAUUUUUCAUUGUACACAAGAAUAAAUACGGGGAUCAGAGGGUUUCGAUCCCGAGGAUUUAUCGUUGUCGUCGUCGUGGUCGUCCUCCACGGAACGUAUCGUUAGACGUUAAGUCCCUAGGUGUACACCGAACUAUGUCACGAUAAACACGAUGAGCCAUUAUGACACUUUAGAUAUUAAACGUUUAAGUCGAUAAGAAGGGAAAAAAAAUUAACGAGAGACAGAGAAUAUAAAGAGCGUAAGAGAACGACAGAAUGGAAUUACGAGGAAUGAAUGAAACGAGAGAUUAUGCGUGAGUGUAGUGAAUUGUUACACACCUGUGUCUGUGGGGUAUCAUUUCAUUAUUCUAUUUUUUUUUUUUCACGCGCAUCUUGCCGUGAUGUUAAAAAAACGAGCAAUAAAAUGUCGUGUUCUUCUUACACCCCGUAACUAGCGAUAAAUAUUCGAGACACCCUAUUGGAAAUUGAUUUCUAUUUAUAACAAAAACUAUGAAAGCAAUACUACUAUAGUACUUGCAAUCAAUAAUAGAUUGUAAUAUGAACUUUGAGUAUGGAAAGGUCAAAUGAUAACAUCAUGCGACAUUUCCUUCGAGGAAAUAUAUCAUAGGAACUUUGAAUCACCCUUUUGUGUAUUUCUUAAUCAACGAUCAUUUUAAUAGUCAUCGAUUUUAAUGAAAUAAUUUAGAGGUUUACGUAUGUAUCGGAACACCGACAUUCUAUUGCCCCUUUAUACAUAUAUACAUAGUAUACUGAUAAUAUAAUGUUUUCUACUAUAAUUAGCGAGGCAAACACCAUACGUUCGUUGUGUGAGUUGACUAAUUUAUUAUUAAUAUAGAAUGACGAUGCACGUGGAAAAAAAGGCAUCAUGUUUACGUAGAGAUUUAGAAGGUAGCUGUAUUACGUCCAAGUAAACUUUUCUAUGAGCGUUUUAUACCGAUCAAAACGACGUUGUUGUGUUUAUUCAAGGGGAAUGAUCACUUUUUAAGGGUUUCGCUAGCGAUCAUGUUGUCGCCAUAGUUUCGUAGAAGAUACGUAAAAAGGGAAAAUGGAUCACGAAUUCGAUUUGUCAGUGUCCUGAUAAAUGGGAACUAUAUGCGGUUUGAUUUUCUCCACGUUUGAAUGUCACCUGUUCGCAUACAUCAUUUCAUCCGAGCAAGAAGAAAGAGAGUAGUAUAUUUAAAUGUUAAUAUACUGGUAAAGGGCAUCAUGUGGCCUUUCCACUGGACCUAGAGACUGAUAUUGUUUAGACGAAGAACAGAACAGAUUAACAUUCGAAUAUAUUUGACGACUGUGUUCGACAAAAUUAAUUAAACCGAUGAGACAGGUAAUUGAAAUCGUUUAGAUAGCCUCAGGAAAAAAUUACCAUCUGUUCUGGGCAAACAAAAAAUAUUUCUAAUACUACAUAAAAAUGUAAGACAAUCAAAAAUUCGAAAUUCAAAAUUUUAAAACGAUCGAAGUCUUAAAAUGAAAUUUUCAUGAUUUUCACCUUUGCGAAAAUUUAGAACCAAUUGUUGCUAAAAUCAAACUGGUUCCAAUUGCGUGUCUCAUUCAUUAUGUACGUAACAUAAAAUACAAAUUUUCUUACAAAGUUAGUACAAGAUGAAAAUUUGGCAGUUCGAAACUGUUUCGAUUAUUAUUCUACAGAAGGGUUUUUCUACAAAAUAAGAAUAAUGAAAAAUUCUGAUUGGCGCGUUUCGCGGUAGGUUCGAAAUGAAAUUCUGGUCGGGAGACGCUACGUGUUCCGAAUUGAUUAUCGCGUGUACAAGGUGUUCAUAGGUGUUCCAAUUUUCAAAAGAAUUGAAUACACGAAUGCAAUAAUACUAUCGUUCGUCCUGUUGUCCAAAGCGAAGCAUCACUUAAACGUGUGCUGGCUGAUUUACCCGACAAUAUAAAAGCUAUCGAUUUCUUUCCGUUAAGAUUUCUCGACCGUGCUAUCAACAAAUUAUAUAGCAGAACGUUAAAAUUAAAUUAAACGUGUGCCGUCGUAGUUAUCGAUCGAGUAGUACUUUAUAACUUCGAUUCUAUUUUUACUACUCUUCCCAAGCAAUUGUUUUUGCAACUUUAAUCGAUUUCAUAAUUCAUUAAGUCGCGUGAACAAUUUUUAACACUUGUAAAUCUUAUCGUUAGCGUUUUCUGAAUUUCUUUUUCAUUCGAAAACUGCUGCAGUGCUGUCGAAUAAGUUAUUCUUAUACCGCGUCUCUCGGCUUGGACACAAGUUUCGAGUAUGACACAAAUGAUUUGUUUCUGUAUGAUUGAUAGUGUCCAAUUGUGAAGUAAAAUGAAAAAUCUUCGUUUCUCUGUCUUGGAAUUCCGUUUUCGUUGUGGCUCCGUUCAUGUAAAAUUUUUAAUAAAUCUGUGAUAUAGCGACAGACCUCAUGUUUUGAUACAGAGUUUGAGUAUUGCGCGGGGCUACUACGAAAUCAUCGUACCCAAAAAUUUUUCUUGAACGAACCGUUCGUUCGUAGGUGUCGAAAAGAAAUGAAAACAAGAGUCGUCACGUGAUGCGCACACCAAAUAGAUGGAUAUUUUUUAAUGCAUUUAGGCUUUCGUCGAGGUUUUUCACAGUACACCGCGCGUCAACAUGGUUCACUCGUACCUAAAGUAAAAGAAACAAAAGAAAUGGAUCAAUAUAUCGUCAUUGUUUACGUACCAAAGCUUAUUAUCAUUAAGUAAUUUAACGGUUACUUUGUAUCAUUGUAUUAAGUAUCAUAAGCCUAUGCAGAUAAAUAUAUUAUGUAUCAUAUUAACAGAAAA